GUACGUCACGACGUCGCGACGCAAGGCCUGGGCGAUCGGCGCAGAGUGGCUGCUCUUGGUGCGAGGGGCUGGUCUGGGCGGGCAUUCGGCCCGUUGUUACUGUGCUUCCCCCACAAUCUACCCCCGCGGCCUCCUCAUCCAUCGCCCCUGAUGGCGGCUCACUGAGUGCCGGACAAAAGUGCAACCAGUGGGUCCUAGGAGGGUAAACCAGGCACAGUUUGACACGGGGUCUCUCAAAGUGCAGACCAAGAAUCCAGAAAGAAGUCUCGGACAGAGCUCCAAGGAUUUGGACAAACACAAAGUGCUGGAGUAACUCAGCAGGUCAGGCAGCAUCUCUGGAGAAAAGGAACAGGUGGCGUUUCGGGUCGAGACCCCUCAUCAGACUCCAAGGAUUGGAUCUUGCAGGUGAAGGCACUGGUUGAUCUCAAGAGUCGCUGAUGGCCGUGCUGCCAGUCAACCAGCCUCAUUUCAUUCGUUCCAACCAGAAGGAUGAGUACUACCUAGGCUCCCUACGGAGCUGUGCCAGUGACGUCUUCCAGAUCUUUGCUGGUGCGAGGCGAUGGCUGGAAUGGAGGAAGGAGGUCGAGUUACUGGUGGAGUUGGCGUACUUUUCUCUAACUACAUUUGCAGGUUUUCAGACACUGGGUGAGGAGUACGUUAACAUUGUCCAGGUGGACUCCAGUGGGCGGCGGGUGCCUUCCCGAGGCAGACGGGCCGCUCUCAUCGUUCUUCACACAUGUGUUCCUUACCUGCUGGACCGAGGACUCGUCCGCCUGGAGCUGCACCUGCAGACGGCCAGUGAGGGGUUCCGUCCGCAGGACACCCGAUGGCUCCCAGCAAGAUCGAGAUUCUCCCAGCGGCUGCAGAGCGCCAUCAGUAGGCUGAGCGAUCAGCAGAGGAAAGCGCUGCUUCAGGCCAUCUACCUCCUGCGACAGGUGGUCUCCUUCCUCCACCGCCUGCAUCUCGGCAUCUUCUACCUCAACGGUUCCUACUACCACAUUGCCAAAAGAUUCACCAGCAUCUCCUAUCUGUGCGUGCGUGGCUUGUUUUGUGACAGUGCUGCAAUCCGGUGGAGUUACGAGUUGUUGGGGAAGGUGUCAUUGCUGCAGCUGGUACUGAUGCUCAUCAUGCAGGUGAACAGUCACAGGCAGCGGCAUCGUGCCAGGCAGGAGUGGAAACUUCACCGCAACCUUCCCUGCUCGAGAAAUUCCUCGCAGGAUCUCCCAGUCCACAACUCCCGUUGUAUACUGUGUUUGGAAGAACGACGGCAUUCGACAGCGACGCCUUGCGGCCACCUCUUCUGUUGGGAGUGCAUCACGGAAUGGUGCAACACAAAAGCAGAAUGUCCUCUUUGCCGGGAGAUGUUCCAGCCCCAACGACUAAUCUACUUGCGACAUUACGUUUAGGAUGACAGAACUGACAGCAUUUCUAGACCAAUUGUUGGAGGCUGCCAAAUGCUCCACCAACCACAAGUAUCUUGUUAUAGAACUACCCUGCCAACAGUUCAUAUUGAGUGAUGCCAACCUUCACCUUGGAAGAAUUAGUUUGGGAGCACUGUCCAUUCUAGGUCAUGUGAAAUAGUCAAUCGACAUGAACAAACAGGCCUAAUAAUAUCUCUCAGCAGUUAUCCCAAGAACACUUGUGCUCUGGGUGCCACAUUAAGCUGUGAACAAGUCUGUAAUUAAGCACAAUAACUUUCUCCUUGACUUGUCAUCGGCUCCCCAGGAUGGAAUUGGGGAAAGAGGUCAUGCAUCUAAAAUCAUUAGACUGUGCUGACCAGAAGUGCAGGAGAUGGAUGGGGAGAAGUGCAAAAGCUUCCACCAAUUUUGAUUAUUAAGAAGCUGCCUAAUGAUGUAAAUAAUAAACACAGUUGUGUGAUCAG